AUGUCAAAACUGUGUGGUUUGAACGUAGUUCAGCUACGAGAAGAACUACAGAAACGAAGCCUUGUCACAAGUGGCAACAAAGAAGUACUAGUAGCACGUCUGAGAGAAGCUCUCAUUGACGAAAGUAAGAACCCAGACGAAUUCAAGUUUGAUGGUGCUGACGAAGACAAUGAAAUUAGCACAGGCACGUUUACAACCGCUAAAAUGAUGGAACUUCUGCUUAUGGCAGAACAGAUUGAAGAACAGUCAACAAGAAUAGAAAUGAUCGAGCAGAAACUUGAUCGUCAGACCGUUGAGGUAGAUCACAAGAUAGACAAAUUGAAGCAAAAAUUGGAGCAAUCCAAAAAAAUGGCCAUGCCGUUAGAUCACGCAUCCGGAAGAACUUUGAAGGUACCAGCAUUUGACGGAGAGAUGUCCUGGAACGUUUAUAAAACCCAGUUCGAAGCAGCGGCAACUAGUAACUGUUGGAACGGAAAAGAACGAGCAACAGCACUGAUACUGGCCCUGCGAGGUUCAGCAGCAGAGGUUCUUCAGACGAUUCCGGCGGAGAACCACUUCAACUAUGAAGUUCUGGUUAGCGCGUUGGAUUUACGUUAUGGUGAAGAACACAUGAAACAGAUUUAUCGUUCUCAACUUAGAAACAGAACGCAACGAUCUGGUGAAUCCAUUCAGCAGCUGGCACAAGAUAUCGAACGGUUGACAUUGCUGUCGUAUCCGACAUCAGACCCCGAGCAUAGAGACGAAACUGCCCUGGAUACGUUUAUCAAAGCCCUUCGUGAUUCGGAACUCAAGCAAUCCCUUCUCUUGUCAGAUAAACGAAAACUCAAGGAUGCCGUUGCGCACAGUCUCACUUUUGAAUCGGCAAAGCAAGCAUCAAAAAGUGACGUACGUCUACGCCAAGCACAUGAAGAAUGCCCUUGCCAGAAGGUGGUUGUGAAACGCGAACCUCAACAGCAUGGUGUACCCCAAUGCUGGAUUUGUGGUGAAAAAGGCCAUCUAUGUCGUGAUUGUAAACACCGCCUAAAGGAUAACUACUUGCCGAAAUUGCGAGACAAGAUGGCGCAAAAGAAGAGAAGAUAA